CAACAGCCAACAUGAGUUGAGUAAAAUACAAGACUCUUCAUCCGACAGAAACACCGAGGAUUUCUGACGCUGACGGACGCAUCUUCCUCUUCCUCCUUAUAUAACAAUAUCUCCCGCUCCCAAUUUUCCUAAAACCCUCACCCCACCAAUGACUUCAUCUAAAUUCUCCGAUUCACCCCCUACCCCCUACGCCCCCCUCCCCUCCUAUCCCCCUCAACAACCCCAAUACAUUAUCGUUUUACCUCAAUACUACCGUACCCCUAGACAAUUACUCCGACGAACUUGCCGUCGCUACGUUUAUUGCGCCGCCGUGUUCAUCCUCCUCUUCGCCGCACUCUUCUUCCUAUGGCCCUCUGAUCCGGAACUCUCCAUUGCCCGGCUCCAUCUCCGUCACCUUAAAGUCCACUCAUUCCCUAAAAUUGCAAUCGACGUUACCCUGGAUGUCACUGCUAAGAUUCGUAAUAAAGACUUUUAUUCGGUCAAUUUUCGUUCCGUAGUGAUUUCUGUAGGGUACAGGGGUAAGCAGCUCGGGCAUGUUAUAUCUGAUUAUGGUCGUAUUAAGGCCAGGGCUUCUUCCUAUGUCAACGCCACGCUUGAGCUAACCGAUGUUAGCAUUUUCUCUGAUAUAAUUCCAUUGAUCGAGGAUUUGGCUAGGGGUUCUAUUACUUUUGAUACUGUUACUCAGAUUGGUGGUGAGCUUGGCUUGGUCCUAUUUGAUAUUCCCAUAAAGGGGAAAGUGUCGUGUGAAAUUGUUGUGGACACACGCAAUGAAACGAUUACUCAUCAGAACUGCUACCCUGAGGUAUAAUAUCAGUGACUCUCGUUCGAGAUGGAAUUGUGAAUUAUGGAAACGGAUAGAGGGCAAGUAUUCAACUCUGCUCGAGACCUUGUAAAUGCUCUAAUGGUCAUUAAAUACAUACGUGCAAUUUGAUUACGUUUCAAGUGUUUUAAUUAUCCCAAGUUUUAUUGAACUGCAUAUUAGACUCCCCAAUAAUGUAAUUAUGAAGACUUUUCGUGUUUGUGGGGAAACCAACAUUCACACGUCUGACGUGUUCUUUCUGUAUUACUAGUUGCUUGUACCAUUUAUUCUAGGAAAAACGACAUAAUAUUAUCAUGUGCGGGUAAUCUCUCUUUUAUA